UCCCAGCUGGUGAUUACCAAGGAUCUCCGGGAGGAGUACUGUUUUGUUACUAACAGUUCUCCUCCGUGUCAGCUCGGGCACACUGCUUUGGAUAGAAGAAAAGAGAGAGGAGGCGCCCGUCUGAGUAUAAAAUGCAAAAUCACGCAUAUAGUAAAACACUCCCUGCACACAGUUAACCCUUUGAUUGCCCCUCAUGUUAACCCCUUCCUGCCCAGUGCCAUUAGUACAGUGUCAGUCCUUUUUUUUAGCACUGAUCACUGUAUUGGUGUCACUGGGGAUGUCAGUGACACCAAGUCAGUUCUCCCCAGUGUCAGAAUGUCCACUGCAGUCCCACUAUAA